GGUCUCGCUUGUGGGUCGGGGGUGGUGAGUACCUACAGUUAAAAAAAUUACACAGCGAGAAAUAAAUACUAUCACCUCAGCAGUAUACAAACCCUUUUUACGAGCUCCCUUCGUAUAAUCAAUCAACAUGGGUGCUUACAAAUACUUGGAGGAGCUAUACAAGCGUAAGCAGUGCGAUGUGCUGCGUUUCCUUCUGCGCAUGCGAGCGUGGCAGUUCAGACAGCUCACUUCCAUCCACCGAGCUCCUCGCCCCACUCGUCCCGAUAAGGCUCGUCGUCUAGGUUACAAGGCCAAGCAAGGUGUCGUUAUCUACCGUGUGCGUGUGCGCCGUGGAGGUCGCAAGCGUCCCGUCGCCAAGGGUAUUACUUACGGUAAGCCCGGAGGUGAGGGUAUCAACGAGCUUAAGUGGCAGAAGUCGCACCAGGCUCUAGCCGAGAUGCGUGCCGGACGUGCCUGUGGAAACCUUCGCGUGCUUAACUCGUACUGGGUCACUCAAGAUUCUACCUACAAGUACUACGAGGUUAUCAUGAUUGAUAUUCACCACAAGGCCAUCCGCAAGGACCCCAGUAUGAACUGGAUCUGCAAGCCUGUGCACAAGCGUCGCGAACAGCGUGGACUUACGUCUGCUGGACGCAAGAAUCGUGGAAUCAACAAGGGCCAUCUAUACAACAAGGUCAUUGGUUCAGGUCGUCGCCAGAACUGGAAGAAGCACAACACUCUGUCUCUGCGUCGUUACAGAUAGAUUAUUUGUGUAUAAACAGUGGCUUCGGGUGUUCGUUUCGAGCUCCAAGUUGCAUAUAACCCUU